CACAAGAAAAAUCUCUGCAAAAGCGAAUAGGUAGCAAACGAUCAAGUUCACCAGUACACCACUCCGCCAUGAAUCAUCAAGACGAGAAAGACAAGGUGAAGCUGUUCGGCAUACGGUCGAGCCCUUACGUUCUCAAAGUGAUAUGGGCGCUAAGGAUCAAAGGCGUCAAGUACGACUACAUCGAGGAGGAUCUCGGGAACAAGAGUGACCUGCUGCUUGAGUACAACCCUGUGCACAAGAAGGUUCCUGUGCUGGUCUAUCAAGGUAAACCGAUCGCAGAAUCAGAGGUCAUACUCGAGUUCAUCGAUGAGGCGUGGAAGCACUGCGGUGACCCUAUCUUGCCGGAGGAUCCCUAUGAGCGUGCCAUGACCCGUUUCUGGGCAAGGUUCGGCUCGGAUAAACUCUCGCCACCGAUUUGGAAGUGGUUCACCACCCAAGGCCAAGAACAGGAGGACGCAUAUGCAGCUGCCAUAGAGCAGCUGCUGGUUCUGGAGAAGGAACUCUGUGGAAAGCGAUUCUUUGCAGGAGAGAAGAUCGGUUUCGUCGACUUAUCGCUCGGUUCGUUGGCGUAUGUGAUUCCUAUAUACGAGGAGAUCACCGGUGUGAAGAUGAUCACAGAGGAGACGUUCCCGUCCUUGACGGCGUGGAUGGGGAAUUUCCAGAGCUCGCCGGUCGUGAAGGAUCACCUGCCGCCGUUGGACAAGCUGCAGCUCAGGUACCAAGCGAUACGUGAAAAGUUUCUAAACAGCAAAAACUGAGUAGCAGCUAGAUGAUACUAUAUGGCUUCAGUUUGCUUGGACAGGAUGCCAAUCUAUGACACAAAUAAACAGUGGCAGGUCCAGAGCUAAGAAUUAGAGACCUCAACUUCUUGUUUCUUCUUCUUUCUCUUUCUCUUCUUUUCUUUUUCUUCAUCUUCUAUGCCCAAAAAUUAUAGGGAGACUUGAUGGUCCCUCAAGUGCUCUGAGAGUAGGGGCUUCCCCAGCCCCCCCGGAUCCGCCGCUGCAAAUAAAUAUGUUACUCUAAAAUUACGUUAUGAAGAAAAGCUACUCUGAAACUACAGGGAAAUCGCCAGUACAGUUUCCGAAGUAUGAUUUGUGUGAUAA